AAAUAAAUUUAUCAUACCAGCACAUAUUCAAAUGUCCAAAGAACACUUUAGAAAAGCUAGCAUACAGCAAAUAUUCAAAAACAUUAUAUCCAAGGAGUUGAGAGAAGAUAUUAAGGAUAAGAAUGUGAUAAGUAUCAGGAUAAGGUUGAUUUUUAUUGUACAAAUAUCGAUCGGUAUUUUCAUGUAAAUACUUUUCUUAUUUGUGUUUUGAAAAUGUACAAUUUUUUUAGCAGAACAUAAAAAAUCGAGACGUGCACUGAACAUUAUCAUGGACCUGAGAAGAGUUUUUGGGAUUCUGCUGUUCUUUGUGCCAGUACUCACAACUUCAACCGAAAAGAAGAGUUUGAAAGGUACUGGUUGUUUAGAAACAAUAUUGAAAUUUGGAUUCAAAUACGACGCCUGUGAUAUCACGGAAAAAGAAUUUAAGAAUUGGUUUAUGGAACCUAUGGAGUUCCCCUGCAAAGAUCAAUGUACUUUGGAAGUGGACUUGGAUAAAUGUAAAGAUCAAGGUAACAAUGGACAUAAAGGAAUGGCAAUGACCCGUGACAAUAGGAAGAUUUGGAAGAUGUGUUUUAAUCAGGGUCCAGUUGACGAAGAUGCGUUUAUUGAAGUGAAAUGUGGCUCAAAAAAUCUAAAUGAUUAUUUUGGAUAUAUCUGCUCAACCGAUUCUGAGUGCAAGAAGCCAAACAUCAUUUGCUCUAAAUCAGGAGAGAUAGGAACAUGUGUAUGUAUGGACGGUUUCAUCCGAGUAAAUGGUAGUUGCAAAAAAGAAAAUAUUUGUAAAUGUUCAGAGACUUCCACAAUCAACAAUGAUGUAUACUCAACCAACAACAACCGCAAAAAAGAAUCUACGACGCUUGGGCAUCAGAUUGGAACAUAUGAUGACGUAUUUACAAAAGAAAUACUACAUGUAUCAGAGGACACACAUAAUAUAACAAUACUGAUGGUUGGAGUCGGUCUUGGAUCCUUUAUUCUCGGUGCUGUCCUCAGUCUCGGUAUCGUCUUCAUCGUUAGAAAAUGUAGAAUCCAAGGAAAUCAGAACAAUGAUUUAAAGAGCAACGUCAACAACCCCAUCUAUAACAAAUACAUUGAAGGUAGCGAAUCUAGUCGAAGAGGAAAUGUUCCUGAUAAGGUUUCUACAAUGCCUAUUGCCGAAACGAACACUGCCUAUUCCGAGGUAAAAAUACUUUCGGACAAUACAGGUGAUAUCUACAACCAUCUUCAUGAACAAGUUACUUCUGAUACAGCUGGCUUAGACAGCGACUACGACCAUGCCAAGCCUUUAAAGGAACAGCUUAGUACAGACAGAGAAUACAGCCAUCUCACUUCAAAAAUCGACUCGGAGGAUUUCAAAUCAAACCAACAAUCAGCAGAAAUAGAGGAAAACGCAGAUGAAAAUGCCAAGCCUUUAAAGGAACAGCUUAGCCCUGACAGAGAAUACAGUCAUCGCACCUCGAAAAUCGACUCGGAAAAUGUCAAAUCAAACCAAGAUGUUCAACAAUCAGCAGAAAUCGAAGAAAACGCAGAUGAAAACAAUGAUAAUUACUUUACAUUGGAAAAAAUAAAUUAAGAUUACUGUCAAUAUAUUUGACCAAUCGAUUGCAUUGCUCUUUUUGUAAUUGUAGUUUUGACACGUAUUUUCAGGCUUUGACACGUAUUUUCAGGCUAUCUUCUAACUGUACUUUUGAUCAGCCAUUGUUUUCAAAUGAUGAGUAUAAGAUAAUAUUUUUUUAUUUUUAUUAAUUUCAUAUGAUUCUUUAAUGCUGCAAAAUGUUAACAUUUUGUAAAGAUAUGAAAAAAAUAUAUUUUCAGUUAUAAAGUGAUAUAAUAUUUGUCGUGAGACACGGAUGUUUACACUUCACAAGAGUCAAUAGAUGAAUUUUAUGUAAUCUGUUAAAUCUUCUAUCUAUUUUUUGUUCGAUUAGGUUUGUCUGUCUUUUUAAGGAAGCAUAAAUAACUCUAUGCUUGCUGUGUUACAUUUCAGAAAUAAUGUCCCCAUUUUCAUGAAUAUUGCAGGGUAAUCUUGAAGUAAAAAAUUUUGUUUGAAAGAUAAAAGUCGAGGCGUUAGCCAAUGCUUUUAUAUUCUAAACAUAUUUUUGAGACAAAGGAGGUUAACCUGCAUCAUUAACGAUCGCCAACAAAGAUUUCAUUUCAAUUCUACUAACAGCUAUAAUAUUUCUAAUCGUUUCCUCUCUAGAGAAAAGAAUUAAGUCACUAUGACGCAGUAACGCCAUUACAUUUUACACUGAGUGGCAUUUGAAUUUGUCUGGAUUGCAGUAAUGCAAACGAUUUGAGAAUUGAAGAGAAAGUUGAAACAUAUAUUGUUUGAUAUUAUUGAACGUCAAAGAAGAAAAUCAGUUGUCAAUUACAGUAAGAAGGAUAUGGAGAUAACGAAAAGUAUUCAAUAUCAAAGUCCAUAGAACAAUACAAAAUAGGAGCAGAGCAAACACGGACCUCCGAAACAUCAGAGGUGGGGUCAGCCCGUUCAGGUGCCAUGGAGGAGUGAGCAUCCCGUGCUGACCGGUCACACCUGCCGUGUGCUCCUUGUCGUCAUCCGGAAAUAACGGUAAAAUCCGUC